CCAUUGUUGGUGGUGGUGGACGCCGCCGCCGCUGCCGCCGCCGCCACAGCUACUCUCUCUCUCACUGUGGACGUGGCUGAGGUAACAUCAUCUGUACUGUAUUGGUGUGUUUCAGCCCACAACCAUCACUCCACUGCCUUGGAUCAUUCAUCAAUAUGGCAACAACUUGUGCACGUCCCUUAGUGGGCGUCCAUGUUGAUGGAGCUGUCUCUGGAGUGUCCGUCUCUUUACCAGCUGUAUUUCGGGCACCCAUCAGGCCAGAUGUAGUUAAUUUUGUUCAUGACCAAAUGGCAAAGAACACCCGGCAGCCAUAUGCAGUCAAUAAAGAUGCAGGUCACCAGACAUCGGCUGAAUCAUGGGGUACAGGGCGUGCUGUUGCUCGAAUUCCACGUGUACGUGGUGGUGGCACACACAGAUCUGGACAAGGUGCAUUUGGUAACAUGUGCCGUGGAGGCCGGAUGUUUGCCCCAACGAAGACAUGGCGACGUUGGCACCGCAGGAUUGGAGUAAACCAGAAGCGGUAUGCAAUGUGUUCUGCAAUUGCUGCCACCUCAAGUCCUGCACUUGUAAUGUCUAAAGGUCACAUGAUCCAGGAGAUCCCAGAAAUUCCUUUGGUUGUAUCUGACAAAGUUCAGGAGAUGACAAAGACAAAGGAAGCUGUGCUUAUGCUGAAAAAACAUCGUGCAUGGACUGAUAUUCUGAAGGUAUAUAAAAGCAAGAGGUUCCGUGCUGGCAAAGGCAAGAUGCGCAACAGACGUCGCAUCCAGCGAACUGGGCCACUUGUUAUCUACAAUAAGGAUCAGGGAUUGACCAGGGCUUUCCGUAACAUUCCUGGUGUGGACACUAUUUGCGUAGAAAAGCUCAACCUUUUGAAGCUUGCUCCUGGUGGUCAUGUUGGCAGGUUCUGCAUCUGGACAGAGUCUGCCUUCCGCAAGUUGGACUCCCUCUAUGGAACUUGGCGUAAGGAGUCAAGGAAGAAGAAGAAUUACAAUCUUCCAAUGCCCAAGAUGACUAACACAGAUUUGGCUAGAAUUUUAAAAUCUGAUGAAAUCCAAUUAGCCAUCAGAGCUCCAAAUAAAACUGUGAUUCGUCGGAAGAUAAAGAAGAACCCACUAUCAAACCGCCAUGCCCUUCUACAUCUCAAUCCAUUUGCUCGAGUUGAAAAGAAAGCAGCAAUAUUAGAGGAAAAGAAGCGAAUUGAAGCAAAGAAAGCAAUUGAAACUAAGAAAGCUGCAGCUAAAAAAUAGGCUUGCAGUGGUUCAGCUGGUUAUCAACAUUUGCAGUUGCUAAAUAAAACUUUUUAAAGAA